GGCUGAGCUUAACUCCUCCUAUAAGUAUGCGUUCAACUCUACUGUUCACAUCACUGCCACGGAGUAGUUGGCAGCAAGCCGAUUGGCAGAUCACUUUGCUCUUGCUGGUGUGGCACUGAUCGAUCGAGUGAUCAUGGUGGCCAUGGCGUCCAGCGAUCCGGCGCAGAAGCCGCACGCGAUGUGCGUCCCGUACCCGGCGCAGGGCCACAUCACGCCCAUGCUCAAGGUGGCCAAGCUGCUGCACGCCCGGGGCUUCCACGUCACCUUCGUCCUCACCGAGUUCAACUACGCGCGCCUCCUCCGAUCGUGCGGCCAGGCCGUGUUUGAUGCCUGCCCCGGCUUCGACUUCACCGCCAUCCCCGAUGGCCUCCCGCCGUCCGACCCCGACGCCACCCAGGACAUCCCCGCGCUCUGCCGCUCCACCAUGACCACCUGCCUUCCCCACCUCAACGCCAUCCUGGCCCGCCUCAACGGCCCCGCCUCCGGCGUGCCGCCGGUGACGUGCAUCCUUUGUGAUGGCGUCAUGUCCUUCGCCUACGACGCCGCCAGGGAGAUCGGCGUGCCGUGCGCCGGGCUCUGGACGGCCAGCGCAUGCGGCUUCAUGGCGUACAACCACUACAAGCAACUUGUCGAGGACGGGCUCGUGCCGCUCAAGGACGAGGCACAGCUCAUGGACGGGUACCUGGACACGGUCGUCGACGGCGUGCCGGGCCUGUGCGACGGCUUCCAGCUGCGCGACUUCCCGAACUUCAUCCGGACGACGGACCGCGAUGACAUCCUGCUAAAUUUCCUCAUCCGUGAGUCCGGCCGCAUGUCGCUUCCCGACGCCGUCAUCAUCAACUCCUUCGACGACCUCGAGAAGCCGGCGCUCGACGCCAUGCGAGCCAUCCUCCCGCCCGUCUACACCCUCGGCCCGCUCCUCCUCCACGUCCGCCGGCUCGUCCCCGCGGGCUCCCCUCUCGACGUCGGCGUCAGGUCCAACCUGUGGAAGGAGCAGGACGGCCUCAUCGAGUGGCUCGACGCCCGGCCACCGCGCUCCGUCGUAUACGUGAACUACGGCAGCAUCACCGUGAUGACGAACGAGCAGCUGCUGGAGUUCGCGUGGGGGCUGGCCAACAGCGGCUACCCCUUCCUGUGGAACGUCCGGCCCGACCUCGUCAAGGGCGACGCGGCGGUGCUCCCGCCGGAGUUCCAGGCCGCCAUCGAGGGCCGCGGCCUUCUCACGACAUGGUGCCCCCAGGAGGUUGUGAUCGAGCAUGAGGCCGUGGGCGUGUUCCUCACGCACUCCGGGUGGAACUCGACGCUGGAGAGCCUCUGCGCCGGCGUGCCGAUGCUGAGCUGGCCCUUCUUCGCCGAGCAGCAGACCAACUGCCGGUACAAGCGCACCGAGUGGGGCGUGGGGAUGGAGAUCGGCGGCGAGGUGCGGCGGGCGGAGGUGGCGGCGAUGAUACGGGAGGCCAUGGAGGGCGAGAAGGGGGAGGAGAUGCGCCACCGCGCCGCGGAGUGGAAGCAGAAGGCCGCGCAGGCGACCCUGCCAGGUGGCCCCUCAGAGACCAAUCUGGACGGAUUAAUUCAUGUGCUGCAAGGCAAGACGGGUCAAGCCGGAAAGUAAGAAUUGGUGCGUGCAGAAAUCGCACGUCCCUGAUUUCAAUCGUGUUCUGAAUUUGCCUAGUAGUACGUACUACUAUUUGAUGAUAGAUGUGGAGAGCUGCUCUCAGUUUGUAGCGCACGCAUUGUUCUGUUUUGUUUGUUACGUCAACAUAAAAUCACUCCAUUUGUCAGAAUAUU